AUGACGAAGGAGCGAACGUGGGAGCGGCCGAAGGCGGAGCCGGCAGCCAGGGCAGCGCCGCCCCCGCCGGUCGGCACCGCAGCCACCACAGCGUCCAUAGGAGGCGAUCCCAAGGCCAAGCAGCCCCGGAAAGACGGAGCAGGAGCCGCCGCCAUGGAGGAGACCAUCUCCCCUGGAAGCUCUCCGCAAGGCCGCAACCUUGCUGGGGUGCAGCGCCGAGGAGCAGGCACAGAUUGGCACGCGGAAGAGUUCAAGAACCGCUUGGAGAAGGCGAGAAGCACCAAGGACAGAAACUUCAUCAAGUCCAUCUUGAAGGAGGUUGCGGAGAACAAUUACGCUUUGCGCAACCAGUGGGCCGUCCCAAGGACAGAGCUCGUUUCAGCGGAAUCUUGUUUGAAGUCUCGAGUCACUGGCAUGGGCACAGACCCAGAGAUCACCUUCUCGUGCAUGACCACAGCAGAUGCGCUGAUGUUCUUUGGCCGCGAGCCCAGCCGCAAGGUUGUUGGACUCAACUUUGCCAACGGACAAUCAGUUGGCGGAGGCUACAAGAACGGGGCAUAUGCGCAAGAGGAGGACUUGUGCCGUCGAAUGCCCACGCUCUACACGUCGCUCUACAACGCAAAGAGGGAGGGGCACUACCCUUUCGGCCCAGCUACUUGCUCGAGUGCCAGUCCGGCAAGAUACUCUGACGUCUUGUGGACCCCGAAGGUUUGCAUCGCACGCGCGGGUGAGGAGCGAGGAUUCGAGCUCCUCCCCAAGGAUCAACAGGCUAACGUGUCGCUGGUGGCAGCAGCAGCACCGAACAUUAAGUUCGCUGAUCCUCCGGAGCGCUACGACAAAGACUUGAUGCUGAACACAGUGAAGGCUGUUCUCCUGGCACCCCUCAACAAGCAGCCGGAGACCACCACUAUCGUGCUUGGUGCCUGGGGAUGCGGUGCCUUCGGCUGUGACCCAUAUGACAUCGCGGAGCUCUUUGUCAAAGCCCUUGUGGAACACAGGCUGGGCCGCCUCUACAGAGAGGUCCACUUUGCCAUACCUCAGUUUGAUGUCACCGACCAGAAUCCUACAGUCUUCCGUGAGAUCUUCCGCCGCAAAGCCGUGAAGUUCAAAGAAAUCGAGAUGACUCUUGGCUGCAAUGUGGGCCAAGCUGCGAACUUGGAUUUUGGCUUGGAUUCAUCCACCGACUUGGCACAAGGUGCAUUAGAAGACGUCCAGCGUUGCACCUGCAGCCGAAACGGCACCAAGCGUUUGCCUACCUUCUAUCCAGAGUAUGAGGACGAGAAUCGUUUCACCCACGCAGGCAGCUCUUCGAGCCGAUUUUGUGGCAUGGCUGCAGGGGUUCCUGAAGUCGGAUUUCAACUUUUCACUGAGACCAAGGCGGACAAGAGGCAACGAGCAGCGAUACAAGUCCUAGCCGGGGCAGAGGUAUUGCAGUUGCUUUUGCAGCAGGUCUUUGAGCGUGCUUCUUUGAAUGGGGUGGCUGUCGAGUCCUUCUACCUUCAGCAGCAGAUCCAGUGGGAGAUGGACAAAUACCCAAGUCCACAUCUUUCACCAACAAGGAAGAUCUUUCGUGCUUGCCUGGGUGUGUUUCAGUGUGAUUCAGAGGCAAACUUGGCGCUCAUCAGCUCGCAGCUCGAGGAUGGCUCGAAUGGACGAGGCCUGAGCCGCAUUCGACGCCGUUGCGCCAAGCCGAGCUCCAAUUCGGAGGCAGAGCAGGAUGUCAAAGAGUUUGAGACGGAGGCCUCAGCAAAGUUCGGGCACGGCCAAGCAUCCGUUCGAAUGCUCGGGAGAGCUCUGGAGCUCCUGAACAUCCCCCUUGCACCUCUUGCGGAGGUCAAAGAGCAACUUGCCGUCCAUGCCCGUAGCACGGGCUUUGCAAGUGCAGUGGUGACGAUGUUGGAUAACCGGGACGCGUGUAGGCUCCUGCUGGCCUUAUGUUGCAGUGCUCUGGCUGCUGAUGUCGAGAAGCAUCAGGCCCUUAGCGCGGUGAAAGCGCAUGCCCCGGAUAAGGAGGCUGGCGAGGUGAAGGCGGUGAAGGCACCGAUGCCAUUCGGCGACCUCGAACCCUUUGGCCGGCAAAACGCUGGUCAGGAUCUGACCGAGUCUGCCAUUUCAGAAACAAACGAAAUGGUGGGUCAGCUCGAGCGGGCAGAGGUGGCAGAGGAGUGCAUUUCGGGCACUGACGCGGCUGCGAGGUGUGGCCUUGGCCUCCUUUGA